ACAUUCAAAAUCAACGGUGGCAACGUCAAGCACGGAUAAAGCAAGAACCAACACGUGGCAGUACUGGCUUUGUACACGGUUCAUUACCACCUUCCACUGCUUUCUCGUCGCCGGCCAAUACGACAUUGACGUCCUCAAUGGCACGCUCAAGGAAAGUAGCAAACGGCCAGGAAGCAUCAUCUUCGAGUCCUACCCGCUCUCCAUCGUUGCCACCGUCGCCAGACAUACCCACAGGACCGCUCAGUAUCGUCAUACCCCACGAAGAUCGCGAGGUGGUCAAGAUAAAUAAUUCCAAUUUGACAGAUCUCAAGAAUGCUUGCGACGAUGCGGUGAAACGCUAUCUCUCCAGACCAGAGUUAUUCAAACAGAUAUAUCUGCACACAGAUGUGCGAUUGGCGCUUGGAUGGUCAAGUGUGCUCGUGGCCGCAGGAACAGCGUUCUAUGGCUACAAGGUCGAAUUUGAGAUCUCGAAGCCAGUCGUGUGGGUAGGGCUCAGCCUAUAUAUUUUCCUGACCCUCAUUCAGACCCUUUAUGCUUAUUUUAUUGAGGGGGACACUGUGUUUGUAGGAAAGAGGAAAACUUUCUCCAAGCGAAUUGUCACCGAACGGAUAACUCUCGCUUCACGAACGGAGCCCGUCAAGCAAGGCAAGCCCCCUUCAUACGAACUCACUGUAUCCUACGUUCGUUCGACGAGUAAUGGGAAAUCACUCCUUGCCAAAGGCAAGACGCGGAGCAAGAAGGAGUACAACUCAUUCUUCGACGAGAAUGGCGUAAUGAACCAAGAACGGUUUGAACAAUAUGUCGGCGAGCUUGUUGAGCAGGCCAUGGAAGGAAAAGCAACGUAAAAAUGUGGAUUUUGUUUCGUUUGUAACAUUGGUUGCUGCGUCUAUUCUGUUAUAUUUCUCAUGUGCCCCAAUUUGCAGUUUAGUAGCCAAACUUUGUACCUGCAUAUAUAUAUAUACAUCAUGCGAUAUAUUUCGAGUCACCUGG